UUCCGGUUGAUACUUGGUGUAGAUUUGGUGACAAAAAUGCAGCCACGAAACGUACUAUUCACAUUUUAGUACAGUGCUUACGUGCAAGAAGUUGAUUUUUUGAUUUAUAUUAUCAACUGUUUGUUUUGUGCUUGUUUUUUGUUUUUUAAGUCUUCAUUAUUUACCUUUUGUCGGCGAUGGAGAUUUUUACGAUAUUGUAUGUGCUGACAUUAAAUUAUAUUGCAACCGAAGCCUACGAAAGAGUGGGACGUGCGGCCAACUGUCCAAAGUUUACGGAAGGUGAUUUCCCGGGCUUAAGGAUAAGAUAUAGACGGCAAGGCACCAAAGCACAGUUUAGAUGUCGAAAGAAAUUUGAUAGGUAUGGUCCAAAGUUUGCCACAUGUCGGUCGGACGGGACGUGGAGCAAUGAACCGCCACUUUGUACCAAGACAGGCUGCGUUCCUCUUGACCCUAGUCAGGUUACAAAUCUUGAUAUGGAAGUUGUAAACGGUGCUGUCGUAAAAUUCUCCUGCCUUAAUAAUUACUUACUGAUCGGCGACACACAGGCGCACUGUAAUGGAAAAGAUUGGAGCGCUCCACUACCUAGAUGUGCUGCACCCCAUGACUGCACAAUAUACCCUGGGCACUUCGUGGCCGAGUUGUUACGGUCACUAGCUCCAUGUUGGCUCCCUAGAAGUGUUUGUUUUAGACCAGUCCCAAUAUAUAGACGACGACGAUGUAAAGCCGUUAUUCUAUAUAGAUGGAAAUCAGGGCGACCAAUGGCAUCGAGGCAAUAUUUUAUAGAAAAGCAGGACGAACCUUUCCAGAUUUCAAUUGUUGCAACUCGAGCCCUCAGCUACAUUAGCGAUAUUGCCAUAGACGAUGUUCGUCUCCACAACUGCACAAAGAAUACAACUUCUCCCCCAGUUACGAGCAGCUCAUCUUCUUCAACCACAACGACAACUUCUACUUCAACAUCAGGUACAACAACAACAACAACAGUAACAACAAAGAUAACAGAAACGUCUUCGCCAACGAGUGUUGUAGUUGAAACGACAACAAUAACAAAAACUCCAACUGAAACGACAAUAAAGAAAGAAACAACAACAACAAACUCUCCGGAAGCAACGGUCGUAAAUACAAGCAAAUCAGAUACUAAUAAGCCGGUUACAACUACCACUGAAUCAACAACUGUUAUGAAGACGUCAUCGUUACCAGACACGUCACAAACCGCUACGUCAUCAACUAAAGCGGAGUCAUCAUCAAAAGUAACUAUGGGACGCCAAACAAGUCAAAGCACACCAAAACCAUCUUUCACAGAAACUACGAUGGGAAAGACAAGAACAAUGCAACCGGAAAUGAAAACGACGCCAACUAGACAAGCAACUACUCAAUCAACGAAGAAAGUUAAAACGCCUGGUCCAGAAACCACAGAUACUGCAGGGACACCGACGAUUGUAUCCUCAUCUACCACAAGUUCUUCAACCGCUAGCACAAGCUCUUCUACAAAGUCUCCGAUUACCUCAACAACCGUCACGUCUUCGACCACGUCAGAAAAAUCUUCCACGCCACAACCUACACAAGAGCAAAAGACAACUACAAGAAGUUCUUCAAAGACAUCAAGUACAUCUCCUACAGAUUCUAAGCAAACUAGCACAUCGUAUGAAAAAACAACUGUUUUCUCUGCUAAAACAAGUGCACCAGGAAAUUUCUCUUCAACGUCAAAGUCUACCGCUUUAACAACGACGUCAUCUUCAUUCUCAUCUUCUAGUUCAUCAUCAUCUUCUUCGUUUUCUAGUAGCAGUAGCAGCAGCACAUCUAGAUUUAGCUCAAGCUCUUCUUCUAGCCUCUCUUCAACUUCAACUUCAUCUUACACAAAAACGGCCAAUGAGAAGACAGGAGAAACAAAGAGACCAUUCACUUACAUACACAAUACAACCACCACAAAAGGAGUGACAGUAACAAAAGCCGAUGUCACCAAUACAGAUACCAGCGGCAAGACGAGUAAAUCUGCUAAAUCAACAAAACGAACAAUUGAGAUAACAACCAAAUCAUCAGACAAACCUAAAGGGGAUAAAGACAACUCUAUCACAGUUUCCGAAGGUAGAUCACAACACCCAGAAGACGAUACACUUAAACCUUUAAUGAUUGGACUUGGUGUUGGAAUUGUUUCCGGCUUGAUUAUAAUUGGGGUAAUAGCCUAUGUUUGUGUUCGUCGGCGAAAGUUUUAUACAAGCCGGCACGAAGAUGAACUGAAGCCUAUAACAAAUUCUGCGUCUCUUCAAAGCCUGAACAAUGGACAUUUUUAUCAAGACGAAGAAUACGAAUCCGAGUCGUGAAUCGUGAUGUCAUGAUUUAUUUGCUGUGGUAACUGCGAGUAGAGUUAUAUAAGUGUGGUAACUGCGAGUCGAGAUUAUUUUAGUGUGAUAACAGUCAGUCCUGAAUUCCCUAGAGUGGUAAAUGUUUGUCGUAAUUAUAUUAGUUUGUGUAACUGUGAUGUGGUAACUGUCAGAUGUGGUAAAACUUAUACGUAUUUGUGAGUCGCUACAAGAGUAUCGUGGUAACUGUGAGUCGUGUUUGGAUGUGUGUGUGGUAACUGUGAUACGUAAAAACACUGUAUUUAAAAUUCUUUCCCAAAAAACAACGCGACAAUAAAACUGUUAUGCUGACUGAAAUCUAUAAUUUUUACGUAUAUAUACUAUUAUGCAAUUGUAGGCAUGAAGUAUUUUAUUGAACUUUGAUGGAGGGCUGAAGUAUUCUUUGUGUGAAUAUUGUCAGGGAAUACCAGUAGUGAUAUUUGUCUUUUCGGAUGUAACAUAUUCUCAUGAUCUCUUUUUCUUUUUAUACAGAAUUAGCUGGCUAAAUUUAUGUGUCUGAUUAGUAAUAAAUAUAAAGUUUACGGUUACAAGGUUAUAUUUUUGCAAAUUCAGCAAAGAAAUUCUCAUAGCUAGGCAAACAGUAAAUAUUUGUCUAA